AUGGACACACUCAAAACCGUCGCCGAAAGCGUCAAAUCAACAAUCAUGCCCACCACCUCCCAAGACCGCAAUCCCGUCCCCGACCAAGCCGAAGACGACGCUUACUUCNCCUCUCCCUACUCUCUCACCCAAUACGUGGCCCCUAAGACCGAUUUCGACGGCGCAAACUACCCCAACGCCUACCAAGGCAAGAAAUGGAAGAUCCUCGUCAUUGGCACGCAAGAACGCUAUCUACUCAUGGCAGACGGAAAGUUCUUCUCUACUGGAAACCAUCCAGUGGAGAUGCUGUUACCUAUGCUGCAUCUGGAUGCCGCGGGCUUUGAUCUCGAUGUCGCGACUUUGAGUGGCGAGCCUGUGAAAUUGGAGAUGUGGGCGUUCCCUAAGGAGGACGAGGCAGUCAAGGGGUUUUAUGAAAAGUACAAGCAGAAGAUGAGGAAGCCGCUUGCAUUGCCUGAUGUCUGGGGCAAGGGUUUCGACAAGGAAACUCCUUAUAUCGGUGUUUUUGUGCCUGGUGGGCAUGGAGCGCUGAAUGGGAUUCCUCAGUCCCCUAUCGUUGGCAACAUCCUUCGCUGGGCAGAUGCCAAUAAGCGGUACCUUGUUUCCCUCUGCCAUGGUCCUGCUUGCAUGCUUGCUGCCGAUCUUGCCAAACCAGAGGGAGAAAAGUUCAUCUAUGAAGGCUACAAGAUUGAUGUCUUCCCUGAUUCUUUGGAUGAUGGAGCGAACAUUGAUAUCGGAUAUAUUCCUGGCAAGAUGGAGUGGUUGGUAGGAAAGGAGUUGAAGAAACUUGGUGUUUCGGUCAUCAAUGACAAGAUCACUGGCCAGACGCAUCAGGAUAGAUAUGUGUUGACCGGAGACUCGCCAUUGGCUUCCAACAAUCUGGGAAAGCUUGCUGCGAACACAUUGCUCAAGGAAGUUGAGAACUCGUCGUAG